AUGGCGGUGUCAACAACAACAACAACAUUUUUUCAAAAAACUCAAACCCUUCUAUUUCGUCGUCCAUCAAAAUUUGUUUAUAAUUAUUUCAAAAAUUUGGGUCUCGAUUAUAAAGAUGCAUUUAUUGAUACUGGGAAAAAAAUUUAUGCUAAACCAUUAAAAUCUAUCAUUUCAUUCUCUGGUAUCUAUUUUUUAAUUGAAUCAUAUCGUAAAAAUCCUAAUUUCAACUCGUAUAAAGAUAGAUUACUUGAUAUUCAACAUUCAAUGAUUCUAACAUCAAGUUUAAUACGUAACGUAAAAUCGGAAACGUAUUUGAACACCAUUGAAAAACUACUAAGUCAAGAGCAAUUACAAUAUAAAGAUUUUUAUUUAUUUUCAGUUGUCUUCUAUAAAAAUGUGUAUGUGUAUUUACUGUCGACAUACGGUAUAUACACAAUGGCUGCAAAUGAUUAUGAUUCAUAUGAUGGUGAUAAUGUUGGUAACAUUAUCAUUAACUCAAAUAAAUCAGCAAAAAAUAAUGGUUAUGUGUAUAAAAACGAUGAUGAUGCUAUACCCGAUUAUGAUGAAGCGUUUCCCGAAUUAGUGGGUGAAACACGUGCACCUGGAUCCAGUUUAUUUCUAUCAUCUUCAGCAAUGACAAAUAGUGGAAAAAUAACAUCAUCAAAUGCAAAAAAUAACAAUAUGCAUACAACAACAUCAGCCAUGAUUAAUCAACGUUCAGAUGAUGAUGAAAAACGAAGAAAAUUCGCUAUUCAUGCUUCAACAUCGACAACAAGAAUAAUAGAAAUUCCACCAGAAGAACGUUUAGCCGAUAAUCCUAGACGAAAUAAUAAUCAGAAUCAGAAUAAUCAACGAAAUAAUGCUGGAAACAAUUCGGUUGGAAAUGUUUUUGGUCAAUCAAUACAAAAAUUAUGUACACAAAUAGAAAAAGAGACAACUACCAAUAUAACAUUUUUUUAUAAAGAUCAAACAUUGGUUAUUAGUAUUACUGGUAAACCGAAUAGUGUUCGUACAGCUCAAAUGUUAAUUUUAAAUAAAUUACAAACACGUGUUCGUCUACAUGUUAAUAUACCACCAGAAUAUCAUCGAUAUAUUAUUGGUACAAAAGGAACAACUUUACAAAAAUUAGAAAAUGAUACAUUAACAAAAAUAGCUGUACCACAACAAGAUUCAAAAUCAGAUGCAAUUAUUGUAACAGGCUCAAAAGAUGGUGCUAGAUUAUGUGAACAAAAAAUAUUAGAUAUAUAUCAUCAACAAGCAAACAAAGGUUAUGAACGCUUAGUCAUUCCAUGUUUAUAUCAUCCAUGGAUUAAACAUCAUUUGCAAGAGCAAUUAUCGAAUGAAUUGAACGUUAUUAUUGAUAUUCCUCCAUCAAUUAAACAGACCGAUGAAAUAUCGAUACGUGGUGCUGAUCGAGAAUUUGUUGAACAAGCAAAAAUGAAAAUAAUGCAUUAUUACAAUGAACAAUUGAAGGAUAAAAUUAUGAUAUUUCCAUUGGAUAUACCGAAACAGCAACAUCGUUUUAUUUUGGGUAAAAAAGGAGCGGGUUUAAAAUUAAUUUUUGAUGCCACAGAUGUUGAAAUUAAAAUACCACCACAAGAAGAAGAUACAUUAACAAUUCAGGCUAAUUCAGUAACUCUAGUUCAAGUCGACGCACCAAGAUGGAUGCAUAGUGUUGUGCGUGGUGACCGAAAUGUCAUUAUAGAUAGACUUAAGGAUCAAUAUCCCGAUGUAAAAUUAUUUUUUCGUGACAAUCGUAUCGAUGUCGAAGGACCACCAGAAGAAGUUGAAGCUGUUCGUACACAAAUACAAAAGGCUAUUGAUGAACUUAAAUUGAAUAAUACAACGUAUGAAGAGUUAGAUAUUGAUCCACAAUAUUAUAAACAAUUAAUUGGAAAAAAUCAAAUAAGAUUAUAUGAAUUACAAGAUGAAACGGGUUGUGAUAUUCGAUUUCCAGCAUUCGAUUCAAAUAAUAGAAUUGUAAAAUUAAUGGGCUCGGCCACAAGUGUCGAAAAAGCAAAACAAUUAUUAUUAGAUAGAGUAGUAAGAUUGGUAAAUGAGCGUACAACAGAUGUUUCAAUUGAACCACAAUAUUAUCCACAAAUAUUUGGUUCAAAAAAAUUAGAAGAAAUUCGUCAAAAAUUUCAUGAUGUUAGAAUAACAUUUCCCGAUGUUAACGAUAAAAGUAAUAAAGUUCAAUUACGUGGUAAUAAAGAUGAUGUUGAAAAAUGUACACGUUAUUUACAACAAAAAGUUAAAGAUAUGUAUUCAUUGGAUAUGUCUGUGCCAAAAAAAUUUCAUCGUAUAAUUAUUGGUAAAGGUGGUGCAAAUAUUCAAAAAAUACGUGAAGAAACCGAUGUUCGUAUUGAUAUACCACCUGAUGAUCAAGAUUCAGAACUCAUUAAAAUAUCGGGUAAAAAACUGGAUGUUGAAAAAGCAAAAAAAAUGAUUGAAACUACAAUACAACAACUUAAUGCUAAUAUUGAAAAUUCUAUCGAUGAUACAAUAACAAUUGAUCGAAAAUGGCAUUCAAAAUUUUUUAUGCGUAAUCGUGAACUAUUAUUAGAUUUACAACGUCAAUAUGGUGGAGUAAAUAUUAAAUUUCCUGAACGUAAUACACAAAAUGAUCAAAUACAAUUACAUGGAACAAAAGAAGCAAUUGAAGGUGUUAAAAAACGUUUAAAUGAAUUAAUUGAUACAUGGGAGAGUACAGUUACAUGUGAAAUGUUAAUACCACAAAAACAUUAUGGUUAUUUAUUAGCACAAGGUGGAUAUUAUAUUCAACCAAUACAAAAAGAACAUAAUGUACAAAUUAAAUUUCCGGCACGUCGUCAACCUCAAGAUGAUCAACAACAAGAAACAGAUUCACAACAAGAUUUAGUUAAAUUUAUUGGUAGAAAAGAAAAUGUUGAUAAAGCAAUGAUUGAUGUAGAAAAAUUGAUACCCGUUGAAGAUACUGUUGAAAUUCCUCACGAAUCACAUAAUCAAUUAAUAGGAAGACAAGGUACUAAUAUUCAAACAUUACGAGAACAAUAUCCUGAUGUACAAAUAUCAUUUCCACCAAUUGAUUCAGAUUCAAAUAAAAUUAAUUUAUUUGGUCCACGUGAACCAUUGGAACUUGUUAAAAAAUAUUUAUUAGAACGUUAUGAAAAAUAUCGUGAAAUAAGAUUUUAUAUUAAACCUGAAUAUCGUUCAUUAAUUAUUGGUCAACGUGGUCGAACUGUCAAUGGUUUAAGAACAAAAUAUGAUGUUAAUAUAAGAGUUCCUCAAAAUGAUGUACAACCUGAAGGAGAAAAUAAUAGUGAGAACGAUGUUGUAAUUCAGGGUAAUGAAGAUAAAAUAAAUGCAUGUCGAGAUGAAAUAAUGACAAUUAUUAAAGAUGCCGAAUCGAAAAUAACAAUGUCAAUUGAUAUUGAUCCACGAGUACAUGCACGAAUUAUUGGUACAGGCGGUAGUAAAUUACAACAAAUACAAAAAGAUUAUAAUGUUGAUAUUCGUUUUUCACAGUCAAAUAAUGCAACAGUAUACAUUAGUGGAAAAGAUCAAGACAAAAUUGAUGAAUGUAUCGAUCAUCUAUUAGUAUUAGAAGAAGAUUAUGUUGGAGAUAUUCCUUUUCGUCAAACAUCUAGUAUACAACAACAAGGUGAAAUGACAUUUUCACAUCAAUUACUUGAGCAACAACAUCAACAUCCACAACAAGCCGAUCAAGCAGCAACAAAUGCUAUAACAUUUAUUGGAGCUAAGAAACAAAAACGACAAAAACAAGCACCAUUUAAAGUUAAAAAUGCACCAUGGGGUUCUUCACCAAACGAUGAAAAUGAAAAUAAUAACAAUGAACAACAGUCAUCACCAACAAUAAAUGGUACAACUCAAUUGUCGACACAAAACGGAACUAAAAUAUCGAAGAAAGAUACAAAAAAUGUGCUAGAUACUAAUGAUUUAGGCGAAUUUCCAACAUUUUUAAAUAAUAAUAAUGGCAUGUCAUUGUCAACAACAGAUGAACCAAGCAAUCAACAACAGACAAUCGUUAAUACAAUACCAAUUAGUUGGGGACCACCAUCAAAGAGAAAAGAAAAAACAUAA